GGCGGACUCUUCGCUUUUGCUACUGCUGGGAUAAUCAAGUAAAACAAAGAUGAGCUUCAUCUAUGGACUGCAGCCUGCUGGUAGAAACCAUUUUUUCUUCCGAUUUAAUUUACUGACCAACUGGAGAAAAUGUAACACGCAAGCUGUAACCUCACGAGACUUUCAUCAGGUGAAAAUUAACCAUAUAGUAAAUAAAUCUCCGGGCCUGGGAGUAAAUCACGGUGAUAGAUGGACUCUUCUGCCUGAAAACUUUCUCUUCUAUAGGACUUUUAAUACCAAAAGAAAAGGCUGCCUUUUGAGCACCAGAAGUAAGGAAAUUUCGAUGAUUAGCCGAAAAUGUACCGCAUGGACUGACUCUCUUUCAAGACAGCUGCUGAUGAAGGGCGUUCCCAUAGUCCCUGCUCGUUCAGUGUUGCAUCCCUUGAACUGUUUACCCACGAGAGACAUCAGGAGUUUCCACACUUCUCCACGGUGCCAAGCUGCUCCUGUUCCUCUGUUAUUGAUGAUUCUUAAGCCAGUGCAGAAACUGCUUGCAAUCAUUGUGGGCAGGGGCAUAAGAAAAUGGUGGCAGGCACUUCCUCCUAACAAGAAGGAACUAUUUAAAGAAAGUUUAAGGAAGAAUAAAUGGAAGCUCUUCCUUGGCUUGAGUAGUUUUGGAUUGCUUUUUGUAGUGUUUUAUUUUACACAUCUGGAAGUGAGUCCGGUCACAGGAAGGAGCAAGCUACUGUUAUUGGGGAAAGAACAUUUCAGACUUUUAUCAGAACUGGAAUAUGAAGCAUGGAUGGAAGAAUUUAAAAAUGAUAUGCUAACUGAGAAAGACGCCCGAUACGUGGCUGUUCAAGCAGUGGUUCAUCAUUUAAUUGAAUGCAAUCAAGAUAUUCCAGGGAUCUCUGAGAUCAAUUGGGUUAUUCAUGUGGUUGAUUCCCCAGAUAUAAAUGCCUUUGUACUUCCAAAUGGACAAGUGUUCGUCUUUACUGGACUUUUAAAUAGUGUGACUGAUAUCCAUCAGCUCUCCUUCCUUCUGGGCCAUGAAAUAGCACAUGCAGUACUUGAGCAUGCUGCAGAAAAGGCUAGCUUGGUUCAUUUAUUGGAUUUCCUAGGUCUGAUUUUUCUUACAAUGAUUUGGGCCAUUUGUCCUCGAGAUAGUUUGGCACUUUUGGGCCAGUGGAUACAGUCUAAAUUGCAGGAGUUUUUGUUUGAUCGACCAUAUAGCAGAACGCUGGAGGCUGAAGCUGACAAAAUUGGACUACAGCUUGCUGCCAAGGCCUGUGUGGACGUCAGAGCCAGUUCAGUGUUUUGGCAGCAGAUGGAAUUUGCAGAAAGCCUCCAUGGUCAUCCCAAGUUGCCAGAAUGGUUGUCUACACACCCUUCUCAUGGCAAUCGAGCUGAGCACUUGGAUAGGCUCAUACCUCAGGCUCUCAAAAUUAGAGAGACCUGUAAUUGCCCACCACUUUCGGGACCAGACCCUCGAUUACUAUUCAAACUCAGCAUGAAGAAUUUUCUUGAAGCAGAGAAAGAAGACCUAAAUAUCACUGUUAAACAGAAAAUGGAUGCUCUUCCCAUCCAAAACCAGAAGCAAAUACCAUUAACAUGUAUAGUGGACAAAAGAACUGGCAGCUGAAUUAAAAUUUAUGAGACACAGGAUACAUGAAGAAUGCAGCAGUCCUUAUCAUUUUCAUGUUAAUUUUUUAAAAAUGAUGUUUGAAAGGAAAAAAAUGGAUACUCAGGGUCAAAUCA